AUGGAGGGCGCCCUGACUGCCAGGGACCGUGUGGGAAUCCAGGAUUUUGUACUGCUGGAUGAAACCACGGAAGCUGCCUUUCUGAGCAACCUCAAGAAACGCUUCAGCAAGGAUCUCAUCUAUACUUACAUUGGAACGUUGUUAGUGUCUGUCAAUCCAUAUAAAGAGCUGGACAUCUACAACAAGAAGCAGAUGGAUAUCUACAUGGGUGUCAACUUUUUUGAGCUGCCGCCCCACAUUUAUGCCUUGGCGGAUAAUGCGUACCACACCAUGCUGACAGAGUUCAACAAUCACUUCAUCCUCAUCUCUGGUGAGAGCGGAGCAGGAAAAACAGAGGCCUCCAAGAAGAUUUUGCAGUAUUAUGCCGUCAGCUGUCCAAGCACCACUCUGCUAAACACAGUCAGAGACAAAAUGCUCAUGUCCAACCCCGUCCUGGAGGCAUUUGGAAAUGCCAAAACACUAAAAAAUGACAACUCAAGCCGAUUUGGGAAAUAUAUGGACAUCCAGUUUGACAGCCAGGGGGACGCUGUUGGAGGCCAUAUCCUGAACUACCUGCUGGAGAAAUCAAGGGUUGUGCAUCAGAAUCACGGGGAGAGAAACUUUCACAUCUUUUAUCAGCUGGUAGAGGGAGGAUCAGACGACUUGCUGCAUCAGCUGGGCUUGGAGAGAGGUUGCCAGCAUUAUAACUAUCUAACUCAGGGGCAAUGUCCCAUUGUGGCCUCCAUUAAUGACAAAAACGACUGGAAAACAGUAAAAAACGCACUUCAAAUCAUCAACUUUGAUGAGACUGCCACCAAUCACUUGUUUGAGGUCAUUGCAAGCGUUCUCCACCUGGGGAAUGUGCGGUUUGACUCUGAUAGUAAAGGUCACGCCCUCCUGAACAGCAACACAGAGCUGCACUGGGUCUCAAAUCUGCUAGGAGUGGAUGCACACAGACUUCAAGAGGGCCUAACAUUCAGGAAGAUUGAAGCCAAAAAAGAUCAGGUCCUCAGCCCUUUCACAACUGAUCACGCCAUCUAUGCCAGAGAUGCCUUAUCCAAAGCUAUCUAUGGGCAGACCUUCACCUGGCUGGUCAACAGGAUCAACGAGUCAAUGGAGAACAAAGACCCUUCACGAAAGGCUGUUAUAGGGCUUUUGGACAUAUAUGGAUUUGAGGUUUUCUACGUAAACAGUUUUGAGCAGUUCUGUAUAAACUAUUGCAACGAGAAGCUGCAGCAGCUUUUCAUUGAGCUGACACUAAAAUCAGAGCAGGAAGAAUAUGAAGCAGAGGGCAUUGAGUGGGAGCCAGUUCAGUUCUUCAACAAUAAGAUCAUCUGUGAUCUAAUCGAGGAAAAACACAGAGGAAUUAUAUCAUUACUGGAUGAGGAGUGUCUAAGGCCAGGAGAUGCCACAGAUCUGACCUUCCUGGAGAGACUGGAAGAAAAGAUGGGGAAUCACCCCCACUUUGUCACGCACAAACUAGCUGACAAAAUGACACGUAAGACUCUGGAGAGGGGAGAUUUCCGUCUCUUGCAUUAUGCCGGGGAGGUCACCUACUGUGUUGUGGGUUUCCUGGACAAAAACAACGACCUACUAUAUAGAAACAUAAAAGAUCUUAUGUGUCAGUCUAAAAAUGACAUAGUCAAAGAGUGCUUCUCAUCCAUGGAUCCAGACAGCAGGAGAAGACCAGAAACAGUGGUGACUCAGUUUAAGAGCAGUCUGCAGAAGCUGACAGAGAUCCUCAUGGCUAAAGAGGCCUGGUACAUACGCUGCCUAAAAUCUAACGAGUCCAAGCAGUCAGGUCAGUUUGAUGAAGCACUGAUCAGGCAUCAGGUGAAGUACCUGGGUCUGAUGGAGCACCUCAGAGUCAGACGAGCUGGUUUUGCUUACAGACGUAAAUACGACGUUUUUUUGAAGAGAUAUAAACCAUUGUGCCCAGCCACCUGGCCACACUGGAGAGGAGUAGCCGCCGAUGGAGUGGAAGUGCUGGUUCAACAUCUGGGCUACCUGCCAGAUGAGUACAAAAUGGGACGGACCAAAAUUUUCAUCCGUCACCCCAGGACACUGUUCGCCACAGAGGAUGCUUAUGAGAAAUGCAAACAUGAACUGGCAACACGCAUCCAGGCAAAAUACAAAGGCUACAGGGCAAAGGGAGAAUUCAGAAAACAGAAAGAAGCUGCCACUAAGAUUGAAUCUUGUUGGAGAGGAACACAGGCUAGGAAGGAGAAGGAGAAGAGAGCCUGGGCGGUAAAAGUCAUCAAGAAAUUUAUCAAAGGCUACAUGACCAGAGGGCAGGCAAAAAACACAGAUAACUCAGAGUACCUGGCCUUCGUGAGGCAAAAUUACCUGAACAGACUUAGAGACAACCUGCCAAAGACCGUUUUGGAUAAAACCACCUGGCUAACUCCACCAGCUGUGCUCACAGAGACAUCAGAGAUGCUGCGUAAGCUUCACUACCGUCUUAUGGUGCGGAAAUAUGUGCAAGGAAUCACACCGCAGAAGAAAGCACAGUUUCAAAUGAAGCUGAUCACCAGCUCCAUCUUCAAGGGGAAAAAGGACAGUUAUCCACAGAGUGUUGCCCAUCCAUUUGCAGACACCAGAAUCAGUGAGGAAGACAUAAACACAAGGGUCAUCCAGAUGAUUCGCAACGAGCGUAUAAAGUACUGCGUUCCAGUAAUUAAGUAUGACAGGAAUGGCUUCAAACCGAGGCAGCGACAGCUCAUCCUCACCCAGACAGCUGUCUAUGUGAUAGAGGAAGCCAAGAUCAAGCAGAGAGUGCUGUACACCUCUCUCAAAGGGAUUUCUGUCAGUAACUUGACUGACAGCACCAUUGUAUUCCACAUAACACGUGAAGAACCUAAACAAAAGGGGGAUCUGGUAGUACAGUGUGACCACUUGUUUGAGCUUUUGACCAAACUCUGUGUCAUUGCUAACAAACAAAAUGCCAUCAAGGUGGUUCAGGGCAGCAUCAACUUUGAAAUCCAGGCUGGAAAAGGAGGAGCAGUGGACUUUAGCACUGGGCCUGAGCCCAUGGUAUACAAGGCCAAGAAUGGUCACCUGAUGGUGGUUGCCACUCGGGCAAGGACACGGUAACGUGUGAGGCUGAGGAGGAGACACAUAAGAUGCCUCUGCAUAUUUCAUCAGGAGACCACUAAGGAGAUGAUCACCAUGUCUGCAGAAAACACAUCUGCCCAGAAAGAGAUGAACCUGAGGAAUCUUGGUUGAGGUUGUUUGCUGGACAGAAUUUCACACUAGUCAUAAUCAAAAUUUCUUCACUUCAUUAUUAAGAAAAGAAAGAAGAUGCUAUCAUUUCACAAUUGUUUGUGUCUGAAGAACACUUAAAAUGACAAAACUC